AGGCCCUGUCUCUAUCCGCCAUGUUAGAUUCAACCCGCAGGGAUAGCAGCAGAGCUGGCAGCGUACGGUCUCUGCACUGACCUCCGGCAGGCGCCCCCCGGGGGGCGGGAAGCUGCUUUCAGGUCACACAUUUUAAUGGAAUAACUUGUAGAUGCCGCUGUUGGAGACAGUAAUCAAAGCUCAGGUCCCCAGGUCUGCUUCAUUAAAGGGAUUUUUCGUAUCCUGAAGAAAUCGACAUAGAGGAAAAGCUGACUUGUGCCAAGCAAAGCCCCACAGCAUGGAACCACAGGUUACUCUAAAUGUGACUUUUAAAAGUGAAACUCAAAGCUUUCUGGUUUCCGAUCCAGAAAAUACAACUUGGGCUGAUGUGGAAGCUAUGGUAAAAGUUUCAUUUGAUCUGAACACUAUUCAAAUAAAAUACCUGGAUGAGGAAAAUGAAGAGGUAUCCAUCAACAGUCAAGGAGAGUAUGAAGAAGCACUUAAGAUGGCAGUUAAGCAGGGAAACCAACUGCAGAUGCAAGUCCAUGAAGGCUACCAUGUUGUUGAUGAAGCCCCACCCCCAGCUGUAGCAGAAAAACAACCAGUUGCCAGGGCGGGCAAGAAGCCACUAGCACAUUAUUCUUCACUGGUGAGAGUCCUGGGAUCAGACAUGAAGACCCCAGAGGAGCCUGCAGCACAGCAGUUUUCACUUGUUCCAUGUGAUACAGACCAGCCUCAAGACAAGCCCCCAGACUGGUUCACCAGCUACCUGGAGACAUUCAGAGAGCAAGUGGUUAAAGAAACAGUUGAGAAGCUUGAACAGAAAUUACAUGAGAAACUUGUCCUCCAGAACCCAUCCCUGGGUUCCUGUCCUUCAGAAGUCUCAAUGCCUACAUCAGAGGAAACACUGUUUUUGCCAGAAAACCAGUUCAACUGGCAUAUUGUUUGCAGCAGCUGCCAAAGGAGGAUCUUUGGUGUGCGCUACCAGUGCAGCCUCUGCCCAUCCUACAAUAUCUGUGAAGAUUGUGAAUCGAGGCCAUAUGCCCACGACUCCAAUCAUGUCCUGCUAAAGUUGCGGAGGCCUGUUGUGGGUUCCUCUGAACCGUUCUCUCACUCACGACUUUCUACUCCUCGUCUUCCUGCUGCUCUGGAACAAGCCAGGCUCCAGAAACAGGUUGACAAGAACUUUCUCAAAGCAGAAAAGCAAAGGUUGCGAGCUGAGAAGAAACAGCGUAAAGCAGAGGUCAAGGAACUUAAAAAGCAGCUUAAACUCCAUAGGAAGAUUCAUCUAUGGAAUUCAAUCCAUGGACUCCAGAGCCCCAAGUCUCCUUUGGGCCGACCUGAGAGCCUGCUGCAGUCUAACACCCUGAUGCUCCCUUUGCAGCCCUGUGCCCCAGUUAUGCCAACCCUCAGUGCAGCAUUUGUGGAUGAGAAUUUGCCUGAUGGGACUCACCUUCAGCCAGGAACCAAGUUUAUCAAACACUGGAGGAUGAAAAAUACAGGAAAUGUAAAGUGGAGUACAGACACAAAGCUCAAGUUCAUGUGGGGAAACCUAACUUUGGCUUCUACAGAAAAGAAGGAUGUUUUGGUUCCUUGCUUGAAGGCCGGCCAUGUGGGAAUUGUGUCUGUGGAGUUCAUUGCCCCAGCCUUGGAGGGAACGUACACUUCCCAUUGGCGUCUUUCUCACAAAGGCCAGCAGUUUGGGCCUAGGGUCUGGUGCAGUAUCAUAGUGGACCCUUUCCCCUCCACCAAGAGCUCUGAUAAUGUUGCAAAGGGCAUGAUCAGCUCAAGCAAAACCGAUGAUCGCACCUGCCAGCAAGAGGAAGCUUUUCUUCUGGCUAAAGAAGAAAUUCAGCUUGGUGAAGCAACUGAGCAGUCAGAAGGGACAGGAACCUGCAUCCCACAGAAGACAAAAAAUGUUGCCAGCCAGAGGGAGCUCUACAUCCCAUCUGUGGACCUUCUGACUGCCCAGGAUCUGCUGUCCUUUGAGCUUUUGGAUAUAAACAUUGUCCAAGAGUUGGAGAGAGUGCCCCACAACACCCCUGUGGAUAUGACUCCCUGCAUGUCUCCUCUGCCACAUGACAGUCCUUUAAUAGAGAAGCCAGGCUUGGGGCAGAUACAGGAAGAGAGUGAAGGGGCGGGAUUUAAAGCACUUCCUGAUUCCACAGUGUCAGUAAAGAGGAAGGCUGACAGUAUCGCUUCCAUGGAGGAGUCAGAAGAUGACCUGAGUGGGACUCAGUUCGUGUGUGAGACUGUAAUCCGAUCCCUUACCUUGGAUGCUGCCCCUGAUCACAACCCGCCUUGCAGACAGAAGUCACUGCUCAAAUUACAGCUGCAGACCACAGAGGAACAGCAGCCAGUCGUGCUGCGUAGAUUCUGUGUGAAAUUUGCCUCGCUUGAAGAGGGACCACUUGGAGACGAGAGAGAAGAGAUCGUCCAUAUCGCUGAGAAAGAAGCUGUCGUGGAGGAGGAGGAAGAAGAGGAUGAGGAGGAGGAUGAACUCAAAGAUGAAGUUCAGAGUCAGUCCUCUGCUUCUUCAGAGGAUUACAUCAUCAUCCUGCCUGAGUGCUUUGACACCAGCCGCCCCCUGGGGGACUCCAUGUACAGCUCCGCGCUCUCGCAGCCAGGCCUGGAACGAGGGGCUGAAGGCGAGCCUAGGGUUGAGGCUGGGCAGGAACCAGUUGAGGCGAGGGAGAGACCCCCUGAAGGGGAGAACCAGCCGCAGGGGCACAGCAUCAAUGACAUCCUCAUGACCUCACAGACUCUGGACACAGUGCCCCUAACCCCAGAGGUGGUGGGGCCUUCAUCACGGCUGCCCAGGAGCCCUCCUUGUGCACAGCGUCAUGGCUCCCCAGGAGUGGAUUUACCAGUUACCAUACCAGAAGUUUCUUCAGUCCCUGAUCAGAUCAGAGGAGAGCCCAGAGGCUCAUCAGGACUUGUAAACAGCAGACAGAGAAGCUAUGACCACUCAAGGCACCACCACCAUGGGAGCAGCAUUGCUGGAGGACUGGUAAAGGGGGCUUUGUCCGUUGCUGCCUCUGCAUACAAGGCCUUGUUUGCUGGGCCACCAAUCACUGCACAGCCAAUAGUUUCUGAAGAUCAGACAGCAGCCCUGAUGGCUCAUCUCUUUGAAAUGGGAUUCUGUGACAGGCAGCUGAACCUGAGGCUGCUGAAGAAACACAAUUACAACAUCCUGCAAGUUGUCACCGAACUCCUUCAGGUCAACAACAACGACUGGUACAGCCAACGCUAUUGAGGAGUGACCAUGUAUUAAAAUAACUUUGCCUGCUGCUCGGAGAUGAUCUUUAUUCUGUCAUUGGGGUGCAGGGUAGAAGCCCUUGUUUAUUUUUUAAUCUGAUGAAGCUGUAUAGAGCCCAUCAUUGAAUUGUCAAGAAGAUACCUGUAUUACAGUAUUUUUUUGGAGCAGAUCAAAGACCAGAACAUAAGUUUUCACUUUAGACAUUGGAUGAAUAAUAGGAAGACAGCUUUUCAAUUGAUUUGGAUAAAACUCCUUUUCCAUUUUAGUGCAUUAGAGUAUAACUUGAACUUCCUAUAGACCCAUUUUUCUUUCUGCUUGUAUUGAAGUUGAGUGUUUUUCUUGGUUAAUGUGGAUGUUUUUAUGGGGUUAUGUGUUGUCGGUUUUUUAAAAGAAAUUAACCCUGACAGUUGUUUUGAAAAAUUAACUCAUGAUUUCUCUACCCUACCCCAAGCCUCAUAGCUAGUGUAUUGAAAUGAUUGAAAUGACACCCAGAGGGUAAUAGGAAUGUUGUUACUCUUCUUUCUCAAGGAGAAGGUCAUUUCCCUGCAAGACUUAGUAAUUGGCACUGUUGUUUUCUAAAGAGUCCAUUGAUGCAUUUAAGAAUAUCUCCCUUCUGGGUCUCUGCACUUCAGUGAAAGUAGGGGGGAGUGUGCUAAUUAAACCACCAAUGAUAGUGGUAUUGAGCAGUGUCUUGUAGUAAUUUUGCAUACAUUUUUCUUUAAGGGAAAAAAUUUAGGUAGUGUGAGAUAUUUUGCUAAUCUUAUAGAGAAAGACAAACUAUUAAAGGGAAAAGCAAAUUUAACAGUUACUUUUUUUCUUACAUCAGGGCAGAUCUUAUUUACAGUAGAGUGGGGGGAAAUAGAAACAUGUGAAAAGUGAAAGGCAGGCUCCUGUGUUAAUGUCAGGAAAGCUCAGGGGUGGGCAAAUGAGUGUGCAUGAGGCAUAAGAAAUCCUGACGACUUCCUGAAUGUCUGAAAUCUGUUCAAGGCUAUCUAGCCCUGGAGUCUAGAACAGAAAGAAGCUGGAAUUUUGCAAAACUUAAAUGAGGGCAAACACUGAAAAGUUUUGGUUUAACCCCAGGAUGAGUGGGGAAAAGCUUGCUUCCAGGGGUGCAGGUCCUCACUCUGUUUACAGAAGGGAGUCUUGGGUACAGUUGGUGAAGGAAGAGGUUACAAAAAACACUAGAAGGUAUGUUCAUGAAAAUGACUUCCAGAAAAAGAAGAUCCUGACCCCCCAGCCAGAAGGGGGAAGGAUAGUAAAAUAGUAUUAUUUAACCUGGUUGGUAUUUAUAAUGACUGAAUUUAAUUAAUCAUUAGCCAUAAUGUUUAUUUACAGUAUAACUCUAGAAUGCUAUUAAAUAAGCCAGGAUUAAGACUGCAAGCCAACCAGGCUGUUCAUUAUUUAAAACGUUUUUAUCUGGGCUUCUGGGUAGAGGCUGAGCGGCAGGAUGUGUGUAAUUAAUUGGGUUGAUGUGAGGCGGGACCUAUCUUGACCAUCUGAGUCAUAUUGUAGGGGUCCAGGAGGGCCCUGGGGUCCGGUCAUCCGUUUCGUUGUACUUGUACAUAACCGCUGCAAGAAUGGUGAAAUAAAGGUUCUUUGAAACGUC